AUGAUCUCGGCGUGGGGGCGGCUCGUUGUCUCGUCUGGCUGGGUUUUCAGCGCGGCAGGCAGCCUUGUGUUGCGCGGCUGCCGCGUCCAGGAGCUGUUGGACUCAUUUUUUCAUGUGGCGGAGCUCGUCGCCGUCGUACUUGUUCAACUCAUCCGUUACCGCCUGGGCGGCCUGGAUGUUCUCUGCAGGCAUGGCAUAGACGGGGUGCUCUACCCCGAACAUGGUGGCGACGGCCGCGCCAUGCUGUCGAACUGUGCCGAGGCGGCUAGGCCCCCCACGAGCCGGUGUGCCGCCUACGGCCCGGUCCAUCUCGCGCCGAUAGGCGUCCGACAGCCGGCGCAUGCUGGCCAGGCGGCCGGCACUCUCAACAAGCUAGAGGCGGCGUACCUCCAGCACCUCAGCAUCCGCGCCCUUAGGAAUGGGCGCCGAGAGGUCACGCGGGGUGGCCUCAAGGGAAUCUUGAGCACGCCCGUCCGAGUGCUCCUUGCUGUUAAUGACGAGCACCUCCGUGACGCUAUCUACUACUCCGUGAAGAACCAACAACAAUUAGGAUCCUACUCCAAAAUGGACUAUUCCAAAAUGGGCAGUACGAAAGCUAAGGAGAUGAUCGCGGGCAAGCGUGUGACCGUGGUUGGGUACCUAAAAUCAGCACUCGACAUUGCUGUUGAAUGUGCAGAAGUGAAUGGCACGGAGCAACCGUGUACGAUGAUAGUCCGAACAAAGCAUUGGAUCAUACCCGACUACUACGCUUGGGGUGUCCACAUAUCAAAGUUGUAUCUGAACCGCUUCUCUGAACUCCUUAUUCACAAGCCUGGUGAAGGUUUCCUCCUGAGCCUCUUGGCCACCACCUUGACUCCAUUGCGGUGGAUAUUUUCAAAGUUCGCUGAGAGCUACUACUCCAUUCCAAUGAAGAAGUAUGACAUGGUACCUGGCCAUAGCCUUUUCGAGGCGUUGGUGACAUGCUUGAUUGCCAUCACGCCCAAAGAUCACUACAAGAGACUAGAGAAAGGUAGCAUUGUUCUGAAGAAGUCCAAGACCUUUAGUUUCUGCAAGGAAGGUGUGCUUCUUGAAGGUGAAUCUUCACCGACAAAAAGCGAUAUAGUGAUCUUUGGAACUGGAUUCAAGGGGGAUCAGAAGAUCAAGGAUAUGUUCACAUCAGAAUACUUUCAGAAGAUUGCGGUUGGAUCAACAUCCACAACUGUGCCUCUUUAUAGGGAAUGCAUCCAUCCUAAGAUUCCGCAGCUCGCAGUCAUCGGAUAUUCAGAGAGCUUAGCAAACCUGUACACAACAGAACUUCGGGUCAAGUGGCUAACACACUUCAUGGAUGGUGGCUUUAGGUUACCAUCUAUUCAAGCAAUGCAGAGGGAUGUCCUUGAGUGGGACAAGUUCAUGAAGCGCUAUUCUCGUGGCUACUUUCGUAGGUCCUGCAUUGGAAUCCUUAGCAUUUGGUACAACGACCAACUAUGCAAGGAUAUGGGGUGCAAUCCUAGAAGGAAGAAAGGCUUUUUCGCCGAGUUGUCGGAGGUUUAUGGUCCUGGUGAUUACGUCAACCUCCACCCCAAAUAA